UUUUGUGUCUUGUUAUUGAUUUUAUAAGUAUAGAGGCUCAUCUAGGCUUGAGCAUUACAAGUAUGAUAGUUUUAAGUGCUGUAGUUUGUGACAUGAUUUUAGACGCUUCUUUAUAAAUGCACACUGAAAAAAAAAGAAAAAAGAAAGAAAAAAGUUGUUUUUUGACACACUUUGUUUCCACCUACACCUGCAGGGCCUGAACGCCGACGCUUGAAUACGUCACACGCUGCUGUUUUGCAAGCUGCUUAAUGUGGGUUAAAAUAAACCUCCAUUUCCUCCUGAAGAGUCAGAGUUCAGCUGCAGCUUGUGUGAAAGUCUCAGAGUCAGUCAGAAUGUCUGCCUUCUGCAUGAAGAUCCUCACCAUCCUUUGUCUCUGCUGCACGAGACUCAGCUCCUCAGAGAGUAAUGCCGUGGUCUGGAGAGACGUUGGAGGAUCUGUCACCAUCCAGUGCCGUUCUAAUACAGACCAGGACUGCCUGACUCUGAAGAAGGGUCUCAAUGACUAUGAAGUUUUCUACCAAGACAGAGAAUCAGACAACGGAAGGACUGCUGCUGAUUUCAAGAACAGACUUCAGUCCCAUGGAAAGUUCCCCAACCUGGACAUCCUCAUUAAGAAUCUGACCACAGUCGACAUGGGGCCAUAUUGGUGCGAGUACCAAAAGCUUGACCCAAGGUCCCUCAACCCAGUAAUAAAGAAAGACCAAGGGUCUAUACUCCUGGUGGUGAGAGAUGAAUCGAAGCAGUGUGACUCCUCCAGUAAGAGCCUCGUCCUGGUGUCAGUCGGGAUCUCGGCUGCUGUGCUGGUCUGCAUCAUCAUCGCCGUUUCCAUGUGGAUCCUCAAGGGGUCAUAACACCCAACCAGUGAGGUUUCAGCUGGCUCUCAAGACCAGGCAUCAGCGUACCACAGGGAAACCACAACGCAUCAACAACAACGACGUCUAUGAGGACAUGCGAGGAACAAUGAGACGCUGAAGACGCUGGCGUGCAAGAAGCCGACCUGAAACCUUGUAUCUGCACCAGACGUGUCAAGAGAUGCUAGAGAGGAAAUGCAGCAGCUCAGCAUUUCUUAGGUACAACAAGUACAACUUGCACCAGUACUGAAGAAUCAUAACUUUAUUACACAGCUCGAGUCUACAGCAGGAGGCUCACAUUUGCCUCAGUUCGUCUUUGAGUUUGAAGAUGUUAAAGCCUGAUGGGGCUGUGGACUGAAAAUGUAAAUAAGCCUUCAUUUGUACAUUAUUUUCUUGUAUUUGUUAUUGUGCAUGAAGGGCAUUUUUGCAGAUGAUGUAUUAAGUGAUAAAGACAUUGUAAAUUUUGUUACUGUAACUGUCAAUAAAAUAAAAUAAAAUGCAUUUUUC